AUAUGCGGCAAACUAAGGGCACAAACAAUCAAAGCAAAAAAAACAAACAUCUUUAAGUAUUUAAGUACAGUCUGCAUUGAACAUGUAAAAUGUGUCAAUCUCUUCUCUUCCUCAGUUCUUCCUCCUCCUCAGCUCUCCACCUCCUCUCCCAGCAACGACAGCAUCAUUGUAUCCUGGGCUCCUGUUGCUCAUGCCGUCCAAUAUUCCAUAACUAUAUACAAGCUUGGCUCAAGCACUGACAUGAAGCACAACACCUCAGACACCAGUUUGACCAUCUCUGGCCUGGAUGCUGGCUCCCUCUACUUCAUCAAGGGUGUCGCCUGGGACCCCGAGGGCCGAAAGGGGGAAAUGAGUCUGUACCUCAACCAGACGACAAGACCUCCAACACCAUAUUCUGUCAGCGUCUCUUUGGUGAUGAGUAACAGUGUGGCCGGACUCUCUGUAUCCUGGGAACUCGAUCAGCAGGUCUAUGGACACAUCGAGUACCAUGUGAUGAGUGACCAGAACCUCACGUGUAACUCCACAUCCAGCCCCUGCACCCUGUCGCCAGUGGGCUGCGGAGAGGUACACACUAUCCAGGUCACCGCCUGCAACCCGGCCGGGCCCAGCUUGCCAUCCAACCCUGUGGUGUUCGUCACCUUCCCCUGCCCACCAGAGUCUCUGGCUGUUGAGGAGUCACCGGAAGGAAACUGCACGCUGACAUGGGACACAGUGCCUCAUGCUGACAGCUACGGGGCCUUCAUCAAGAGAAGUGAUGGCAGCGAGGAGACCUGCAACACCACCAACAAUAACUGCACCUACCACUGCGAGUGUGGCUACACUUACUUUAUGUCUGUGUUCGCGUACAACCAAGCUGGCUGCAGUCCUCCAGGGCAAGUUCUCAACUACACCACCUUGCCCUGUUGUCCAGAGGGUGUAUCAGUCUCCGUGGUGAGCACUGAUACACUGGAGAUCACGUGGACGGCCACGCGGGGGGCAGAUCUGUAUGAGACUCGGGCUGCAGACAGUUCAGAGGUCAUCCUGUGUAACGACACGGCACCGGUGUGUGCCCUCUCUGAUCUCAGCUGUGACAGUGCCUACAGUGUGGUGGUGACACCCUGCAAUGAAUAUAGCGGAUGCAAGCGUUCAUGCAGAGCUCACACCCAAAACACAGCUCCCUGCAUGCCGAUGAAUCUGAUGCUGGACCCGAAAAACUCCUCCUGCGUCAGUGUCAGCUGGACAGCAAACAACAGGGCUGCUACUUACACUGUGAGCGCAUUGGGAGAUGACGGCAAACACACCUGCAACACCAGCGGAAACAGCUGUGACAUCACCGACCUUCCCUGCGGCUCCACUUAUGAAGUCAGUGUCACAGCAAUUAGCUCCUUUGGUCAGAGUUUACCCAGCUACUCUGACUCUGUGGAAACAGAACCCUGUUGCCCACUGAAUCUAACAGUGGAACAGGUGACGCAGGCGGUGACCAACGUCUCAUGGUCUCAUGCCAAAGGGGCUCAUACGUUCAUCACUUCUCUGACAUCAACACGUGGUCACGCCCGCUGCCACACAGAGGACUCCCACUGCCUCAUGGGAUGCAUCACCUGUGGAACCAACUACACUGUCACCAUGGAGGCAUACAGCCACAGUGGGCGCAUGUCCAACUGUACCUAUCAGGGCUUCUCAUCCAGUGCCUGCUGUCCGUCAGGAGUCCGGCUCUACAGGAUGGCCGGUAACUCUCUGCGGGUGUACUGGCGCAGUGCUGGCAGCAGCCACAGCUACAUCACAGAGAUGACGAGCAGCAACAACAGCUACACCUGCACUGCCUCUAUGGGGGAGAGCAGCUGUGAUGUUGGCAACGUCCAGUGUGGGGACGUCUAUAAUGUAGUGGUGGCUCCGCUCACACCAGAGGGCAGCAAAGUCCAGUUCUGCCCCCAGAGAAUGUACUCAGUUACUUGCUUAGGGAACAACGUUGGUUCAGUAAUUUACAGAGGGAAACGAAGUUUGGACUAGCAUAUG